AUGUUUUCGACUGCUGAAAUCAAAGAACAUCUAACGAAGGCUUUUUCAUCUUUGCAGGAAAAUGUCCCCAAGGGUAAGCUUACUCAUUCUGCAGAAAUCCAAGCAUUCCAAAAGUACUUUGAAACUGUCUAUAACCCAACGAACAUUAUUGACACUGUUUGUUAUGCAACCCCAAUUUUAAAAGAAAAAUUUGAGAAGCAGAUUGCCAAAAGAAAAUCUCUCAAAACUGACAAAGCCACCACUCCCCUCAUUUCUACUGCCAAUCAAAGUGAUCCUUCGAGCGGCAUGAAUCCAUCUCCUCAUCCGACAGUUAGCGGUGCUAUCCAAAACAAAGGCUCUUCGACUGGAGCUCACAAUAUUGAAGAAGACAACACUCAGAACGAAGAAGAAACCUCUUCUCCUGGUGAAGAUGGUAAAAGAGAUUCGAAGCACGUUGGCGAGAAGGACUCAACAGGGAAAGAAAACUCUGAGAAUACUCCUAGUGAUUCUCCUGCCAGAGUUGCGUUCCCUUCAAAUGAUGCUGAUGAGGACGAUCAGGAUUCAGAUGAAAUUGAGGGGUAUUUUCGAGAAGAUGAAGACAUAAAUAUGGGAGAAGCUGAUACUGAGGGAAAUCAAACUGGAACUAGUAAUGCCAGCGUCGAUACGGUCCCAAAUCUCACUAAAGUUCGACCAUCCUGUAUUUGCUUUAUUUGA